CCUCUACCUCCCCCCGCCAUUGCCAAUCCCCUCCCCCCAACCUCGGAAAGUCGUCCUCUCUCGGGCACUGGCACCUAUAUAAACCCCGUCUUCCGUCCCUCCGCUCCACACUCCCCGCACGCGCAGCCGCCUUCCCCCAUCCGUCCUCCCCGGCCCUGCUUCGACGGGCGGCGCAGAUCGAAGGAGGAAGAUGAUGGAUCUCGCGGACAGCCAGCAGCGGCUCAUCGCCGGCGCGGCGCUGCUGCUGGCCACCAUCGCCUUCGUCAAGCUCCUGCUGGGUGCCCGCUCCCGGGGUAAGCGCCUCCCGCCCACCAUCCCGGGGGCGCCGGUCGUCGGCGGGCUCAUCAAGUUCAUGCGGGGCCCCAUCCCGAUGAUCCGGGAGCAGUAUGCCCGCCUCGGCAGCGUCUUCACCGUCCCCAUCCUCAGCCGCAGGAUCACCUUCCUCAUCGGGCCCGAGGUGUCCGCGCACUUCUUCAAGGGCAACGAGGCCGAGAUGAGCCAGCAGGAGGUGUACAGGUUCAACGUGCCCACAUUCGGGCCAGGGGUCGUGUUUGAUGUUGACUACUCCGUCAGGCAGGAGCAGUUCCGGUUCUUCACCGAGGCCCUGCGGGCCAACAAGCUCCGCAGCUACGUCGAUCAGAUGGUUGCUGAGGCUGAGGAGUACUUCUCAAAGUGGGGAGACAGUGGUACUGUGGAUUUGAAGUAUGAGUUGGAGCACCUCAUCAUACUGACAGCUAGUCGAUGCUUGCUGGGAAGGGAGGUUCGAGAGAAGCUCUUUGAUGAUGUAUCUGCUCUCUUCCAUGACCUUGACAAUGGGAUGCGGCCCAUCAGUGUCAUCUUUCCCUACCUCCCAAUCCCUGCACAUAAGCGCCGGGACAGGGCACGGGCACGUUUGGCAGAAAUCUUUGCAACCAUCAUUAAGUCCCGCAAGGCCUCCGGACAGUCUGAAGAAGACAUGUUGCAGUGCUUUAUUGAUUCCAAGUACAAGAACGGACGCUCCACCACUGAGAGUGAGGUAACCGGGCUACUUAUUGCGGCACUUUUUGCCGGACAGCACACCAGCUCUAUCACCUCGACGUGGACUGGAGCCUACCUCCUUCGGUUCAAGCAGUUCUUUGCAGAGGCUGUAGAGGAGCAGAAGGAGGUUAUGAAGCGGCAUGGGAACAAGAUUGAUCAUGACAUCUUGGCAGAGAUGGAUGUCCUCUACCGGUGCAUCAAGGAGGCUCUCCGUCUCCACCCACCGCUAAUCAUGUUGCUCCGCCAGUCGCACAAUGACUUCACCGUGACAACUAAGGAAGGCAAAGAGUACGACAUCCCCAAGGGCCACAUUGUGGCGACAUCACCGUCCUUCGCCAACAGGCUGCCCCACAUCUACAAGAACCCAGACUCAUACGACCCUGACCGGUUCGGUCCUGGCAGGGAGGAGGACAAGGCUGCAGGCGCCUUCUCCUACAUCUCCUUUGGUGGUGGCAGGCACGGUUGCCUCGGCGAGCCCUUCGCCUACCUGCAGAUCAAGGCGAUCUGGACACACCUGCUGAGGAACUUUGAGUUCGAGCUGGUCUCCCCGUUCCCGGAGAAUGACUGGAAUGCUAUGGUUGUCGGCAUCAAGGGCAAGGUGAUGGUAAACUACAAGAGGCGGAAGCUCGUGGUCGACAACUAAGACCAUGGUUCUCUUAGGGAAGUUUGCUUCUUGUCAGUUGAUCUUGUCGCUUGUUUGUCAGCAUUUGUUCGGUGUAUGUUCUUCUGUGUGCACGCCAGCAUUUUAGGAGUGUUUCCAUUCUUUAGGAUUCUGUAAUUUGCUUCCCUGUGGUUCAGUCAUGAUCUGCAACUUUUGCCUGUGAGCUGCCUGAGCAGAAUCUUUAACUUCACCAUCUGAGCAUGUGGCUCCCUUGUCGAAAUUCUGCUGAUAAUCAUUCUGGUAGAUUGGAUUCAAGCAUAAACUGAACAAAUAACCGUGUAAUGAAUAAACACUAGUGUUGGGAACAGUGUGAAUAUGUGAUCCCGUCGUUCAAGCACUCU